AGAGUCUUAUCAUCAACCGUUACGUUUUCGAUUUCUCAAAUUCCAAACAAAACCAAGAAAACUUUACCUGAACAGAGAAGAUUAUCGCAGCUUGUGUGCGUAAGAGCGAUGGCGUCUGAGAAACAAAAACAACAUGCACAACCUGGCAAAGAACAUGUCAUGGAAUCAACUCCACAAUUCUCUAGCUCAGAUUACCAACCUUCCAACAAGCUUCGUGGAAAAGUGGCGUUGAUAACUGGUGGAGACUCCGGGAUCGGUCGAGCCGUGGGAUACUGUUUUGCACUCGAAGGUGCUACGGUUGCUUUCACUUACGUUAAGGGUCAAGAGGAAAAAGAUGCACAUGACACGCUACAAAUGUUGAAGGAGGUUAAAACCUCGGACGCUAAGGAGCCGAUUGCGAUUCCAACGGAUUUAGGAUUUGACGAGAACUGCAAGAGGGUUGUUGAUGAGGUCGUUAACGCGUUUGGUCGCAUCGAUGUCUUGAUCAAUAACGCGGCAGAGCAGUACGAGAGCAGCUCGGUCGAGGAGAUUGAUGAGCCUAGACUUGAGCGUGUCUUCCGUACAAACAUUUUCUCUUACUUCUUCCUCACAAGGCAUGCGUUGAAGCAUAUGAAGGAAGGAAGCAGCAUUAUCAACACCACAUCAGUGAAUGCCUACAAGGGAAACGCUUCGCUUCUCGACUACACCGCUACUAAAGGAGCGAUUGUGGCGUUUACUCGAGGGCUUGCACUUCAGCUUGCGGAGAAAGGAAUCCGUGUCAAUGGUGUGGCUCCUGGUCCGAUAUGGACACCACUUAUCCCAGCCUCGUUCAAUGAGGAGAAGAUAAAGAAUUUCGGGUCUGAGGUUCCGAUGAAACGUGCGGGGCAGCCGAUUGAAGUGGCGCCUUCGUAUGUUUUCUUGGCUUGUAACCAUUGCUCUUCUUACUUUACUGGUCAAGUUCUUCACCCCAAUGGAGGAGCUGUGGUGAAUGCAUGAGGGUGGAGUGGACAAGACCCGUCUUAAAACGUCUAAGGUCUUAAAUAUGGUGAUGUUGUUGUGCGUUUAGGGGCUUUUUUGUUAAGUUAUGUAUAUGUUGGCAAUGUGUCAAGUCCGUACCUUUUAUAGUCUGAACUAUGAAGUAACGAAAAUAUGUUGAAAUAAAGUCUUUCCACAUCG